AUGCAAACAGCAGACUCAUUAACAUCAUUAAAAGAAGAAAAUGCGCUUACAACUUAUUUUAAUGAAGCAGAUGAAGAUAAAUUCAACAAAAGUUUGGUACUAGAUUACUACAAAGAAUAGGGACUUAAUCCAAUUUAGAUGGGCAUUUCUUCAAGAUAUAUAUGCAUUUUAUUUGAGCCUUUACUGGGUAGCUAAGAAUUACACAUUCUAUAAAGGUACACAAAUGCUAUUCUAUAUCAAACAUAACUCUCAACAAAUGUUGCGACUUUUCACCUAUAUGACCCUAUUGAUUGCUAACUAGAGGAUAACUAUGCAGAAGGAGAUGCACAUUUAAUAAUGACUUUAGAAAAAAAAGCUGAGCAUUCAUCAUAAUUUCUUCAUGUCUUAAAAAUUAGCAAGAAAAACAUAGUUUAUAGCUUGAAGCAUGAAAUAUCGGAAAAGAAAUUUGAUACAUUUCUAUUCUCAGCUGUGUCAAUUGAUAUGAAGUACUUUGCAAUAUCUCGAAUUUUCUAAAUCCCAAAAGAAGAAAUAAAAAAAGAAGAUAUUUUGAAGCACCCUUGCUAGCAUUAUGUGCUAUUUGUAAGUCUUUCAAAUAAGAAAUUUAAAAAUGUUUCAGAAACUCCAAAGCUUUUAAAAUCAAACUAAUUAGCGCUAUAUCCAAAAAUAAUAUUUGUGAACUAAUCUGAUAAGGCUUUGAUAUUUAUUCACGGAGUUGAAAUUUAGCUUUAUGACAUUGUGAAAAAAUAAAAUCUUUCAACAGUUAAUUUAAAAACUUAUGAGGGAUUAGAAGUAGGUUACUAUUUAGAUUAAAAAUAGUAUUUUAUGAUAGAUAAAAAGCAAUUAAAGGAGUGGAAAAUUUCACUCAAGGCUGACUAGAUAAAGCUUGUUGAGACUAAUCCAAUCAUCAAUAUAGAUCCGGAUGUUAACAUAGAAUUUUCAGUGAAUUGCAUUCCUUACCAUCAUUAACUUAAAAAUAUGACAUCGGUAAAAUGGUUCAGCUUCAAUGGAAGAUUUAUAACUAUUUAACUUGAUAGAAAGUUUAUUGUUUUUGAUAUUGACAAAAACAAAGAAGUCUUGAGUGCUCUUGGAAUGAAAAUAAUAUUUUCAGAUGACUAAUAAUCAUUGAUUAUCAACGUUGGGGGCUAAUAUUAUAAGUACUAUGAUUGGAACUCAGAUGAAGGCCUGUUUUAAUUGAAACAACCAUUUAUUAAGAAUGUUGUAUCAAGAGUAGACUUUGUUCCUGGAUCCAGCUCUAAAGUAGUGAUAUAUGAUGAACAGCAAAAUUGUCUAAUUCUUCGAGAUUUCUUGCAAAAUACAAACACCUUUCUAAUGAAAAAACUUACAUUUUCCUCAGACAAAUAUACGCUCUUAAAUAACAAUCUCAUUUCAUUUUUUGAAACUAGGUCCUCUUAAUCUGGAAAAUAAAACUACUUUAUUAUAUUCAACUUUGAGUAAUAAUAUCCCGAAUUAGAGCUACAAAUCAAUGAUUAAAUUUUGGAUGUAAGACUAUCGUUGGAUUAGAAGUUUUUAUACAUAUCUAACUCCUCGCAAGUAAAAGUUUUGGAUAUAAAGAAUCUUAAAUCAGUUGUUUGCAAAUAUAUGAUUCAAAAUGUAAAUCAAAUCAUUGAAUAAACAGACUAAACUUAUUUGAUUUGCAAGAAUUCAGCUAGGACACAAAUAUUUGGAGUUAAAACACUCAAUCCAAUAACGAAAGCAUAAUUACCGACGAAAACAGAUUCAUUUACAUCAAGUACAUUCUUGAUGAAGUAUAUUAUCAAGGGGCUCAAUCAUGAAGAUAAUCUUGUAAAAGAAAAUUCUUUAGUAGCUUAUUAGACCUUUCAUUAAUUUGGUAUGGUUGAUACUUUUUAUGGGCAGAAUGGAUUAACUAUUCUCCAUCAUAUAAUCAAGAAUAAUGAUCAAAGUCUCAUGCAAAAGUUCUUUGAUAAUGUUAAGGUUCAGAAUUUAUAUCAUGCAACAUUCAAAGGUAUGAGUCCUCUAAGUUAUGCUUACGAAAUGAAUAAACUCUAGCACAUGAAUAUUAUCUUGGAGUUUUUCUGCAAACACUAAGAAAGCAUAAUUGUAACUAGUGAAGAUCUUCUGACACUAAUGGACUGUCCUUUACCAUCUGCAAAGCUAUUAAUACUAAAUCUCUUUACAGUUCCAAGGUUUUAUAAGUGUGCACUUCCUUUCAAUGUUGAUUCUAAUAAAUAAAUAAUCUUAGUUCCUUUUUAAAACAACUUAAUUGGAUAGCCUCUAUGCAAUAAAAUUGUUGAUUUAUUUCAAAAUAAUCCUGGAGGUGAGGAUAUUGUUCUUUAAAUUUGCUCGAGUAUCUUUGAAUAUGAUUUUGAGAGAGGAUCAGCAUCAAGUCUUAAUUUUUUAAAGAAAUAUUCAAAAGAAACUUCUGAAGAUGUAGUUAGAUCUAACUUAAGAUUUAUAAUAGCUUAUAAGUAUGAAGAAUGCUUGACUUUUCUAAGACUUUAAGCAGCUGCAUUUUUCCUUUUCUUAGCUUCAUUUUAUAUAAGGCAGAUAUUUCUAUACGACUCUCUUUUCUAUACUUUAUACUUAUUAGUAUUCAAUAGUAUAUUCUUUGGAUACGAACUAAAUCAGAUUUUCAGAUCUGGCAUAAAAAAUCAUUUCGACAACAUAUGGAAUUUCACUGAUAUGAUUGCGUAUACAUUGUUUUAUUUUAGUUGCAUAAGAAACUUCAUGGAAAUUCAAAAUAAGGCUCAUUUGAUAAUUUCUACUCUUAUUGAUAAUGUUACUCUUAUAUGCUUGCUUUUAAGAGGUAUGUCUCAUUUAAGAAUUUUUAGUAGUCUUAGAUACUUUAAUAACAUGAUCAUCGAAAUUAUUAGGGAUAUGGCAAGUUUUACAAUAAUAUUAAUUUACUGGAUUGUUGGUUUCAGCUUAAUGUUUUAUUUGUUUACUUUUGAAAGGGAUUAUGAUUAUGAGGAAAGUUUUGAUAUUUACAAUUCAGUUUUAAUAUUCGUCAACUCCCUUUAGUUUACUUACAAACUUUCAUUUGGAGACUUUGAUACAACUGAAUUUUCUUCAUAGUAAUGGAUUUUAUUCAUUAUUUCUUCGUUUUUCAUUCCUUUAGUUUUAUUUAACUUAAUUAUUGCUGUUAUGGGCGAUACUUAUGAUAGGGUAUAAACACUAGCUACUAGUGUUGAUUUAAAGGAACAAGCGAAAUUAGUUAUGGAAGUAGAAGGACUUUUGAAUUUGAAAAAUAAAACCUAUGUAUCUAAAUUACACAGAUUAUUGAUAUGUCAUAAUGCUGAAAUUGGAUAAGAUGCUCCUGAGUAAAUAAAAUGGGAAGGAAAAAUAAAAAUACUGACUAAGAUCAUUUAAAGGGUGGAAGAAAAAGUUUAGGGAUCUAUUGGUAUUAAAAAAGAUAUUCUUGAUGCUGUUGACGAAGUAAAAAUAAUGGUGAAAAAGCUAAGAUUGAAAUUAGAUAAUGAAAACUCAUGA